UAAAGUCACUUGCUAACAGUAUGGAUGCUACGGCUAAAAGCUAGCGAGUCCAUUCAAGUUAAACAAAGUUGGCAUCCAUACUUCCUUGCCAGGAGUUUCAAAAUAUAAUUGGACGUGGAGCGCGCACAUUACUCACGCAUCGUUCAUAUAUAGUAACUGAUGACUAAAAACUACUGUAAGUUGGGUAUUUGAAACGUGUAAGGUGCAUGUGGUUUGGGCAUAGUUUGACGCCGUAACGUUAGAAUUCGAAUCCAAUUCUAGCUCUUAUUUUGGAUGUUACGCUCAUAACAUCCGGACAUGUCCCAGCCGUCUUUCUUACUUUGGCCAGUAAACAAUUUGGCGGAGUCAAGCAUGCGGCGGUGGCGUCUAAAGCUCAACAUUUUGAGAAGUAACGAUUAAUCAAUGCACGUCGUUGAUCACGCAGUACUCGGCACGAAGAAUUGAUCGCGCACAAAACCCCCCGCACGCGCAGCGGAUUGUUGCCUUUAGCUCGCUAGCUUGCUAACGUUAGCAGACAACGGCCGCCCUGUGGCUGCCAACAAACCUGAACGCGAUGUCAUUGGUGGACUUGGGCAAGCGUCUGCUGGAGGCGGCGCGCAAAGGUCUGGACGACGAGGUUAGGAACCUGAUGGCCAACGGCGCUCCGUUCACCACCGACUGGCUGGGGACGUCCCCCCUCCACCUGGCCGCCCAGCACGGCCACUACUCCACCGCCGACGUCCUGCUGCGGGCGGGCGUCAGCCGCGACGCGCGCACCAAAGUGGACCGGACGCCUCUGCACAUGGCCGCCGCCGAGGGGCACACCAUCAUCGUGGAGCUGCUCGUCAGGAGCGGCGCCGACAUCAACGCCAAAGACAUGCUGAAGAUGACGGCGCUGCACUGGGCGGCGCAGCACGGCCACCACGGCGUGGUGGAGACGCUCAUCAAGCACGGCGCCGACGUGCACGCGCUCAGCAAGUUCGACAAGACGCCCCUGGACAUCGCCGUCGACAUCCAGAACACGGAACUCAUGCUGUUGCUGCAGGAGGGCAUGCAGAACCAAGUGAAUAUGAACCAGGUGAGCAUGAACGUGGAGUCCAGCAACAGCAGCAACCAGCCGCAGUUCAUCAUCCAGGGCAUUCCGUCCAUUCAGGGAGGGGUUGUCAACCUGGCGGACUUGCUCAACAAGGCCAGCAUGGGAGAAACUGAGGAAGCGAUGGCCGCCAACGCUCUGGACAGCAAUAUCCAGCACACGGCCGUUGUGAACGAGGGAGGUCAGCGGGUCAUCACCAUAGUAACGGACCAACACGGCAACCUGCAGACCACCGGGGGGAUGUCGCAGCCGUUCUUUGUCACCAUGCAGCACGGACAGCAAAUGCUGGCGGUGCCCGCCAACACCGUGACCGAGGAGGUGGUGGCCGAGGAGUCGCAGGCGCCGCCCUCCAGGAAGAGAAAGUUGGAGGUGGCCAAUAAUCACAACGACGCAGGAGAGACGGAGCUGCUGCAGAGGCAGCUGCAGGAGGCCAAAAGGAAGGCCCAGGAGUACCGGCAGCAGCUGAUGCGCAAGGAGCAGGAGGCCGAGGAGUACCGCAUCAAACUGGAGGCCAUGGCCCAGAGCCAGGCGGGCACCGGCGCCAACGUCAGCCCCGAGGAGGUGGUGGGCGGCGAGGAGGACGAGGCGGUCGCGGCGGUCGGCGUGGUGGAGGACGAGGGCGAAAUGGUCGUGCUGCAGGAGGGCGGCAUCAUCAUGGAGGGCGACGGGGGCCGCGUCACGCUGCUGGAGACGGGGGGAGAGCCCGCGGGCGCCGGCUCGUAACCCAACCCCAAAGAGACCUCGGGAAGAUGUCCGAACACGGGACUGACGCGGCGCCCGCCGUCUUUCCUGCGGUUUUUCGUCCGAAACGGCGUCGCGUUAAACCACAUGAGGUCGUUGGUGGCGCUAGGUUUCCUCUUCCUGCUUCCUUUUGUGUUGCUGUUAACUUCCUCUUUUUUUUUUUUUUUUUUUUUUUUGUCACUUACUCCAUUCUUGGGAAGGUUUCGGGCAUACAAGUACCACACUCUGAUUGACAUAAUGCGUGUUUGCUAUUAUUAAUAAGUGAAUAUCACAACAAUUCGUUCAAAUGCGUCACGUGCAAACCUCAGUUUUCUCCAUUCAGGCGCGUUAACAUUUCAAACUCUGGUUAUUACACGUUAGUAGCCGUAAACACCGAAAACAAAGCGACGCGUUUCUACUUUUUAAUGACAUUUUUCUUCAUAAUAAUAAUAAUUGAUGACGACAAUACCGUGCCACACUACUUUGCCAAACCGACCGUGGGUGACGUUUCCCAAAUCCCGCACGCCACUUUCUGACGAUUAAAUGAAAAUUAUUCUCGUUAUUGUGCAAAUAUUGACAACCAUCUCAGACGAUGUUGCAGUUAUUGAACGCGGUCGAUCUGGACUGGUCGACUGCUGGUGAGGAUUUUUUUUUUUUUAUGUUGUCCUUAAUACAUUUUACAUUUUCAACAUUUUGGUUCCCUGGAGUUGAAGCCUUUGUGUGUGUGUGUGUGUGUGUGUGUGUGUGUGUGUGUGUGUGUGUGAAAUGUGCUGCAAAUUUCAUAUUUAGUCCUUCCAAGACUAUUUUCCUCAUGUUAUGUGAAUUGAGUGUGACAUUAUUUUUUUUUCUAAACUGCAACCUUUUUCUAUGUACAUAAAAAGUUGUAUUUUUUUAACUGUACCUGAACGCUUCACCAUGUUUGAUGACAGCAAAUGCUAAUCUGAUGAAUAUAAACAACUUGUUUACUUCA